CAACGCGUGUCCUUCUGAUUCUGCGUCUGUUCCACACGAGUGAAGAUCAAGAAGUUUCAGAACACAAACAAAGCAAAAGGUCGUGUUUAAAGACAGACCUAAUAAAGUGACCGUCCACAGGAUAGAUGGAGGUGUGUGCAGAAGCGAAGCGGGUCAUGGUGCAGGCUCUGAGUAAAAUGUACAGCUCCCGAAACCAGCGCGGAGGAAUUCCGCUCCAUCGCAGCCUCCUGCUCACCCUGGUGAUGAGAGCCGCGCGGGACGCCUACCACUCGGCACGAGUACCGAACCACGGAACGGGCACGAGUGGACAGGCUGACAGUGCCGUGUCCGCCGGACACCAAACACAGACAGAGGAGCUAAUGGACACGGCCGAGGCGCCUGACCGUCCGCGUGCGCUCCAGAGCGGUGAUAGGACAUUACACCAAGACAACACCACAGAUAAAGAGAACUGUAACACCACCAGCCAUCAUUCACAAUCGCGGAAACGGAGAGGGAAAAGCGGCGGAGAGCCGGACUUUCUGCCGUGCAAAAAGGCGAGAUUGGAUCCAGCGGAGAUCCGACGGGUUCUCCAUGACUCCACCGCGCGGAGUAACUCCGGGAACUGCGCUCGGGAGACGGACCCUCUGUCAGCUACACACAUCCCCAGGACUAUAGUGACAUUCUGAACAGACUGUGUGUGUGUGUAGCCAGAGCGCACAGUUCCCGGUCUCACCGAGCAAAAAGCGCGCACAGUCUAUAUGGAGUUACUGUAAAAUCCAGCCAUUAUUUUGGGUUUCUGGCCCAAACACGAUCCUGAGACCCUGUGGUGUGAUCAGAGGGAGUUUCUGGGUGACGUCACGAGGUGACAGGUGAUUCAUCACUCACAUGUCUGCUUUAGAAACAGUGACGGAGUUGAGUCAGGGCGGUUCACCAUCUCAUCAUCAACCAAACCCAAAGUUUCCUGGAAACAAGCCCAUACAUGAUACAGCUCUGUGUGUGUGUGUGUGUGUGUGUGUGUGUGUCAGAUUCAUGGAUAAUAUAAAAAAACUUACUGAAGGAUUCAAUGAAAUGAAUCUUGUAAAAGCUGGCUUAUUUAUUGUAUAUAAAUGACUGUUGUGUUUGAUCACUAUGUUCAUCGCGCUUGUGUAAUCUCACAGAAGGAAAAAACGUGUUAUAAGCUACUAAACCUGACCAGUCCACAUGGUCUCUACCUCACUUUUGUAUAAUAAAAUAUUUUUAUAUAAGACGAA